AUGCAGAAUGCUCCUGUCAAGCUGGAUUUAGACAUGGAUGUAAUUGUGCUUACCAAAUGUUCAGAGAUCAUUCGACUCAUAAAGGCAUUUGUAGCACAGGUCUGUGUACUUGGGAAACUAACAGACUCCUUCGAAAUAAGAAUUGAUGUCCAUCAAGGCUGUGUCCUGUGUACUUAUUGGUACUCUAGAGAUGUCUGGAGUAUUUUAUCACAGAUCUUGAAUACGCUGAAAUACUUUUUUCCGGUUGAUAAAUCUUUAUGGACUCGUGGCGAAAUCACUAUAAAAACGAAAAUCCGCAUCUAUAUAGUUAUCUUGAUAUAUGGCUUGCCGAUGAAAAUGGAGGAUAUUAAAUUAUCUUUGACCAAUCAUGCUGAUAUAGCUAAGAAAGAUUUUGAAUGUUUUGAGGAAUCAGCGAUAUAUGGACUUAGACGAGGAAAAAAAAAUGAUUUUUAUUACUAUCAGCGAUGGCAUCAGAUCGAAUGGUUAGAGAUUACCCUUGUAGCCAGUGAUUGUCGUUAUUUCACUAUUAAUAUAGAAUUCUCUAUAUUUAGAAAACUCAAAUUAAAUGUGCUGCUAAACGAAUGGUCGAUAAUAUUCGAACGAUUAAUGGAAAUAGAUGAAUUAAUCACUUCCCAGUUAUGCUUUGUUGUGUUCGAUGUAUUCCUAAAUGAUUUUAUAGGUCUUUUGCGUCGUCUUCAAUACAUUUCCGAUUAUUGUAACGAUCGUCUUGAUUUGUUGAAAAAACCAAUGCCAGGUUCUAUGUUUGCUGAAGGCUACUGGAAAUAUCAGAUAAAUCUAAUCGAGAAGAAUGAGAUAGAAGCCAUAGAUACGCAGCAACUUAUGCGUAUAUGGGGACGUUAUGAAUCUUUUCGAAGAUAUAUUGCUUUUAUAUUAUCAACAACAUCUCCUUUAACACCUGGUUCGAUUUACUCGACAAACUAUGAACAAACUAUUGAGGAUUUUAUUUUAUAUUCUUUGAUAGAACUUUUUAUUGAUCCAUUCAUAUCCGUUAGCGGUUUGAAUAUAAAUCCUGCCUCAACAAAAUUGAAGGAAUACUUUCCAAUUGAUUUAUUAGUUCUUUCUUCUGCCUGUAUGCAAUCUGGAUUAUUUGAUGAUGCAUAUUACGCUAUACGUUCUUAUAUCGAUUCAUGUCGGGAACUUUUUAUAGAAGUGCUUUCGAAACUUUGUGAUUCUGAUUCGAUUCCAGCAAUCAGUGGUCCUUCGAGAGAUCCUGUUCUUCAUUCGAAAGCCAUGUUUUAUAGUGGUUGUUCAUUGGAUGACCUUGUUCCAGAAGUGCAGUAUUCUGCUGCAGCUGAACUUUGUGAAUGGGAUAUACUUAGCUAUCCAAAAAGUAAACCAUUCUUUUGUUAUGGGCAGCAUAUAUAUUCCAUGCUCUUCGCUCGUCAACGUGGUGAACAUACUCUUUCGCAAUCUUUAGCAGUGAAUUUGCGUUGUGCAGCCACCAAUUCAUUCAAUACUGAAUUGUCUUCAAAAAUAAUUGAUUUUUCUGUUGAAAAUAUUCAAAAUAUUCAAAGACUUUGUUCUAUCAAAGCAUAUGAGCCUGCGCUUCGAUUUAUUGAGAAAUUCCGUGAUCGUUUUUCUGCGAAUGGUUCAGCGAGUGGUUUAUUUGCUUGUGAUAUUGAACCAGCGAGAAUAUUUGAAAUUUGUGGCCAAGAAAUGAAAAUGAAACUAUUUCACCAACCGCCAAUGUCGAACUUAUACUUAACUUUGCUUGCGGAAUUUGAUUUCAAAGCAUUUCGCAUUGAUCUCGCAAUAACUAAUUUAAAACAAGCAGUGGAGCUUGUCAAAGGUCGUCUGAAUUAUUUAGAAAAAGAAGCCUUAGAAAAAACAUAUCGAAAAUUGGCAUUUUAUGCCCAAAACAAAUAUCUAACUUUGGAGGAAUAUCGUUCAUCAGACGCUUAUAAAGUUAAAGAAAAUGCUAUCAAAAAUUGCAGAGGUCAAAUUUUAUCGCGUGAAAGAAUCAUCGAAGAGCGACGUAUAGUUAUGGAAAAAGCCUAUGAGGAAACGGAUAUGCACUAUUUCAAAGAAGACGUCAGGUCAGUGGAGCGCUUAUACCGUAUUCCAGUUUAUCAUUGGGCGCCUUUACUCAAUCAUUUGUGUUCGCAUUUUUUUGAUGAUUCGCCACUCUUUAUUUUAGUUCAAAAUAUUCUUCUGUUAAUUUUGAAAGAAUUUCCGUUCCACGCUUUGAAUCACCUUCUUAUUUAUGUCAAUAUUGGCAAAGCAGAUCCAAAUUUGCAGAUCAGAAAACGAAAAGUUGUUCUUCAGACGUUUAUCGAUGCUAAUCCAUCUUAUAAAAAUAUUAUUACUAAAGCGAAAAAAGCAUUCAAAUUGUAUAGUGAUUUCGCUAAAAAAAAUGUUGAAGAUUUCGAAGCAAUUGAUAAAAGGAUUUUUGAAAUGUUGAACCAUUCCAUCCUUAUAAAUAAUAUGGCCUUUCUUCGAUCCAUUCCUAUUCCUGCCAUAACACAACCGCUAACUGGAAAUAUUAAUGAAAUGAUUCUUUUCAUAAAAAUCGAAGCGGAAAUUGAAGUUGAAGACGGGUUAUCGCAACCGAUUAUAACAGUGACACGUAGUGAUGGCGUUUCGCGUAAACUGAUUUUUAAGAAUGAGGAUUUACGUCAAGACUCAUUGGUUGAGCAAUUUUUUGCAGUUGUUAAUUUACUUCUAAAUGAAAAAAGUAAACCAGUAUCUCUUCGUGAUUAUCUUUGCGGGUGUGAUCAUCGCAGUGGUUCUCAUAAAAAAUAUUAUCCUUCCGAUAUGACAGCGCAUGAUGCGCGUAUUGAAUUGGCUAACGUGCGUAAACAAUCUGGCAAUUUGGUUGCUGCAUUUGAUAGAAUUUGCAAUCGAAUUCGAUCUGUUUUUCGAUAUUUCUUUCAUGAACGAUUUUAUGAUUCAGUCGAAUGGCGACGACACGCUUUGAUUGGUCUUGCAUCAGUCUUGCUUUAUGAUUCUUUAUCCCCAUAUAGUGAUUGUGAAGAGCAAAUUUAUUUUUCAACGCUUGCCGUUUGUCGACUUCGCGAUAAGUUGGCGGGAAUUGAAAACAUGUUUACAUGGACCUUCAUCAACACAUAUGACAACUUGCAUAUAAAUUUUAAGGUGUCACAUUUGAUAAAUGAAGCGAUUGAUAAGGAAAAUCUUGCUCGAAUGUUUGUUGGUUGGAUGCCUUUUCUUUGA